UGCUUCGGCGGCGGUUACAGCGACGGUGGGGCCGGCGGCGGCGGCAGCCUGUGGUCUCCGCGGGGCUUGUCUUCGGCGAUCUCGGGUCUCAUGGAGCCGGAGCAGGGAGAGACGGAGAGGCGCCCCAAGCGGGUCCGGAAGAGGAGGCAGGCCCCGAGCGAGCUGGGCGGGGCGGCCGAGGCGAUGCGAGCCGGCUGGCAGCGCGCGGCGAGGCUUCCCCUGGUCAAGAAACCACGCUUAUCUACCAUCUUAUUUACUGAAAACUGUGAAGUAACCCAUGACCAACUAUGUGAAUUGCUGAAGUAUGCAAUUCUGGGCAAAUCCAGCGUUCCUAAACCCAGCUGGUGUCAGCUUUUUCACCAAAACUACCUGAACAACGUAGUGAUUUUUGUACUACAGGGGAUGAGUCAGCUACACUUUUACAAGUUCUAUUUGGAGUUUGGAUAUCUCCGAAAGGCGUUCAGACACAAAUUCCGCUUGCCUUCUCCAUCAUCUGAUUUUCUAGCUGAGAUCACUGGGCUGCAAAAGAAAGAAGCAACUGGGGAUUUGUCCACGACGAGCACAGAGUCUUUACCUUCCGUGAGCUCAAACGUCAGCGUCAACCUGCAGAACGACCCCAUCAUACAAAAGUAUGGCUCCAAGAAAGUGGGUGUGACCAAAUGCCUUCUCACAAAGGAGGAAAUGGAAAAAUUUCAGUUUCCACUACAAGGUUUUCCUGACUGUGAAGACUUUGUACCUACCAAAUGCAAUGGUUCUGUAACAGACAGCAGUCCUCUCUUUGGACUUGACUGUGAAAUGUGCCUCACAUCUAAGGGGAGAGAGCUGACACGUGUCGCACUGGUCGCGGAAGGAGGUGGUUGUGUCAUGGAUGAACUCGUGAAACCUGACAACAAGAUUUUGGACUACCUCACUAGCUUCUCGGGAAUCACAAAGCAGAGUCUUGACCCCGUAACGACCAAGCUCAAAGAUGUCCAGAAAAAGUUGAAAGCGCUGCUUCCCGCCAGCGCUGUAUUAGUGGGCCAUUCCCUAGACCUGGAUCUCAAAGCUCUGAGAAUGGUACAUCCAUAUGUUAUUGAUACAUCAUUGCUUUAUGUCAGAGAGCAGGGCAGAAGAUUUAAGCUAAAGUUCUUAGCCAAAGCUAUUUUGGGGAAGGAUAUACAGAAUCCAAAUAGGCUUGGUCACGAUGCCACGGAAGAUGCUAGAACAGCCCUUGAACUGGCUCAGUAUUUUCUUAAGUAUGGUCCAAAGAAGUUGGAGGACCCCAUGAACUUCUCCCGAAAGGGUCUCUGGAACCGCCAGGAGUUCUCGAACCACUUUGAGAAUCACUGCGUUCUAUUAUGCUGCCACUCGGUUUCCAGGGUUGCAGAACUAAACCUGGAGGCAAUAGUUAAUCGCCAGGAACUGCAAGCAGCAGACCAGGAGCUGAGCGGCACAGCAGGAACUCAGCAGCCCAACGCAAGCGUUUUAGACUGCCUGCACUCGGCGGGUCAGAAGCUCCUUCUCUUGACUCGGGAGGCAGAGACUAGUAAACUGUCUUCUUCUGGAAACUGUCAAACUGUUACAUGCCUGUCAAAUAAAGAGGUCCUUGAGCAGGCCAGGGUGGAGAUGCCCCUGUUCCCCUUCAGCAUCGUCCAGUUCUCUUUUGAACGCCUUUCACCCGCCCUCGCUGAGGAGAUGAACCAGAGGCUGAUAAUCAAGUGGACAGAGAUGUCGACAGUCUAUGCUGGGCCGUUUAGCAAAACUUGCAACGUUGCAGCUGUGAAGACGCUGUUUAAGAGCUUUGGCCCCGUCCACUCAAUCGCUCUCAUUCUUGAAACCCAUCAGCCGCAUUUCCGUGUACAGUACGAAGUCCUGGAAGCUGCCCAGCUGGCCAUUGAGUCCCUGAAUGGCGCUGUGGUAGAGGGCGGCCGCAUCCAGGUGCAGAGGCCUGUGACAGAGCUCACCCUGGACUGUGACACCCUCUUGAAUGAGCUGGAAGAAGACGCCGAGAACCGAGGGGCCAUCUACCUGUCAGGAGUGAGCGAAGCUUUCAGGGAGCACCUGUUGCAGCAGUCCAGCCUCUUUGUUGGCCUGGAAGCUGUGAUCUUGCCUAAAGAUUUCAAAACUGGAAAGCAGAGAAGCUACUGUUUCCUGAAAUUCAAAACGUUCUGCAGUGCCCAGAGCGCCCUCAAGAUUUUCAGAAGCAACGAGUGGAAGCUGAAAGGCAGGCACGCUCUGACCCCCAGGCACUUCUACACAUGGCUCCAGAGCCUGCCCCCCGAAUCGAGAAGGUCCCCGGGGCUGCAACUCGAGUCACCCUCCUUGGAGCAGCAGGCCCUGCAGAUUCUGAAUAUGGACCACCCGAAGAUAACUGCCUGGCGCUGGGGCCGGAAGAUAGGGAAGCUCUACCACAGCCUGGGCCCGGGCACCCUCUGCCUUAUCCUGUUGCCAGGAACCAAGAGCACUCACGGAUCGCUGCCUGGCCUGGGGUUGAUGGGGAUAAAGAGUGAAGAGGAAAGAGUCAUCCCAGACACGUGUUUGUGAGUCUGCCCCGCCUCCCGUGUGCCACCUUGUUCCUCGUGGGCACUGGCUGAGAAUGUGGCCGGCCUGCAGCCUCUCGAUCCAGCAGACGGCUUCGGGAAAGUUUACCGGCUAAAGUUCUAGUUAAUUUUUAUGGCAUGUAGCAAGUUUUCAAUAAAUGCCACUGUUCAAGCCUUCUUCUUCUGAAGGUGGUGAGGGAGGAAACCAGCUUCCUUCACGUCCGUCCGUGUUUCUGUGCAGUCACUGGAGCAGGGCCCGCUCCCUGCAGCACACUGUCAUAUGGCAUACAUGGUGAGGCAGCCAGGAGUGACCGCUCUGGGGAGAAAACCCAGCCAUGUCACACUUCGUCACAAUUGUAAUAUCUGAAGCCGAUUUCUGUAAGGCAGACUUUUCUCACUGGCAGCUCUUAUGAAACUGAAGGGGAGAGAUAGGCUGGACCGGAAAUCUGGCAGGUCCACUAGAGGAGAGCAAAGGCUGGCUUUAGUCCAUUUUUAGGAAUGCUCCCUCGCCGCAGCGUGAGGCUGCAGUGCCGUCCUUCACCACUAGGUGCCCCCAUCACACCACAGCCCCCUUGGAAGCAGGCGCUUCGAUCUCAGGGAAAGCCCUCACUGCUCAUUUCCACUCCCAAACUGUUACCAUUCCGCGUGGGAAAGGGACGAUCCCAAACCUGACAGAGAAAUGAGAUGCCGCCCGGAAAAGAUGAACUGACCUAGGAUGCAGUGUGUAUCACACCGACACCCCUUACACUGCCCCAUGUCCUGGGCCCAGCACUUCUGUCCUGUGGGAUAGGACAGCCUCACACAAACGUAUAGGGAGGAAGUGUCACGGGGUCAUCACAGUGCAAGUCUAGGGAGCCAUUGGCCAAAGCUGCCUAUGCACGUGCGCGCGUGAGCCCAGAGAGAUUCGCAAGAAGCGGCAGAAGACUUCUGGGUCCAGACCACCCAACUGAACCCCAGCUUCCUUACUUCCUCUUCGUGUGAAUGUGGAAAAAAAGUCUUCGACUCAAAAUGAACUCUCAAGGUUGAGCAUGUGAGGCAGUGUUUAAUCCUGUACCUUGUAGAAGAUGCGGCCCUGUGUGAGCACUGGGAACCCACAGCCAGAGCUGAAGGGCUUGCUCUGAGUGGAGACGCUGCACCCAGAAGCUUCGAAGCUUCUUGGUAAAGAGGCAAGUUCCCCAGGGGCCCUGCCCAACCCCCGGCAAGGCCGAGGACAUCGUGACACUAAGAGUUGCUGGGCUGCCUCCUGCCUGUGGAGCUUGAGUCUGGGAGCUGAGGGGCUUUUACCUGGAGACGCCAGUCCUCAGAGACAAGUACGCGCCUUCGGAUGGGGCUCGCUCCUGGGCAGGUCACUUAGCCUGUUAGAGUCCAUCAUCUCUACGGCUGUAUAAAAUGAGAAAGUAUCUACUUUUUAGGGUUAGUGUGAAUAUUCAGAGCCAGCUUGUGGAAACUGACAGAAAAGUGGGCUAUCGGUGAAUUAUUUUCCCUCUUGAGCCUCAGUUUCCUCACCUUUACAAUGGGACGAGUGCCUCCAUAGGGUUCUUACAAGGAUUACAUUAGGGAAAGCACAGUGUCAGUAAGUGACAUUUUACCACAUGCAAGAUCACAGUGGGGACUAGGGCUCCCUGUGCUCAGAACAGCCAGGGCCAUUUCCUUCUGGAUUGUCAUGGGCCCCCAACUCCAGUGCUCUGCAGAUGGGCCGGGACCAUGGGCCUCUGGGGCCUCCGUCUGCACACACUGUUCUCUCGGCUGAUGCUCCCACCUUUUGGAAGCCAAAGCUGCCAACUUGGCCUCUUGCAAAACACACAUUCCAUUCCUAAGUGCGUUUGUGCAUUUUUCCUCCCACACCCUUCUCAGCAGCCAAUGCAGAGCGCCAAGGCAGCUGCUGGGGAAGCUUAUUUGGGGGGAAGCAGCAUAUUUGGGGGGAAGUUUAUUUGGGGGGGGGGGAAGCAGCAUAGCACCAGGGCUUUGCAGAACCUCGGUUUAGGCUCUGUCAGGCUCCUCCGUUUCCUGGCCCUCCUCGCCCACCGUGGGCGGGUGGUGCAGGGCACUUUCCCACGUCUGUCCUGCAUUUUCUUUUGUCCCCGGUUUUGUAAAUAACCCCUUCCCUAUUCUACAGGAAACCCAUUAACGGAGACCUGAAAAAUACAGAAAAGUGAAAAUGGCUUCUAAUCCCACCACUGAGAGUUCAUGACUGCUUUACCAUCUCCUGGCAUCCUCGUCCCGAUUCCAGAGCAGUUUUUAAUAGCUGCAUAAUAUUCCAGCACGCUGUGUGCCCUAAGAUCUGAAACGGUUCCCUGUCAACACUGGAGCUGCUCCCAAAUGACGCUGCACUUACGUCCUUGCACAUCCAUCUCUGGCACAUAAUACGUCUGGAAAAAUUCCUAGCAGUGAAAUGAUUGGUUAGAGUAUGAACACUUAAGGUUUUGUUAAUUUCCGGACAGUUUUGACCACAUUUGCUAGCAUGGACAGGUUUCAAACGUUUGCCAGUUUGGUAAGUUAGACAAGGCGUUCAUUAUAGGUUUCAUUUCUGUUUUAAUAUCCUUUAUUGGCACCUGUUUUUUCCAGAAGCUUUUUGGCCAGUUGUUUCUCCUCAGUGAGGUGUCAGUAUCCUUCCCCCAUGUUUGUUUACUUUCCAUCCUGAAUUUGGAAGGUCUUGUAGAUUAAGUAUAGUUUACAUUUGUCAAUUAUUGCAAAAAUGUUUCUAGUUUAAAGUUUUAGAAGUUCUUUUAUGAUCUCUUCUAUUCGCUUUUAUGCUUAAAAAGCUUUCAUUGAUCCAGAGAUCAAUUUAGUAUCUAUUAAGUAUAUAUAUUUUUAAUGACUUAAUUUUUACACUUCUACCUUUAUUCUUCCUGGAAUUUAUUCUGGCAUAUGGUAAAUUUUCCCCAAAUAUUUUUAUGUAUCUUACCAAUGAAGGAGGAUGCCUCCUUUAUUAUGUAAGGCCAUGUAUGACGCAGAGCCUGUGUCCACGCUGUCUCUGUCUGUCUGUCUGACACUAGUUCCACACUGAUUUGUAGCCCUGUGUAUUACUUUACUAGCAAUGUCAGCAGCACCACCCCAGGCAAUGCGGGCAGGCCCACCGAACACUAGUUAGAUGCUUUGCUGCUCACUGGCUGGCUGCACUGCAGCCGGAACCCACUAGGACUUGCUCAGCAACCGAGGCCAGAGAAUCGGGUGGAACAUUCCACAGGCAGAAAGGUAAACCCAGAGCAGAGCCUAAUGCUUUGCUAAGACAGGGCAUCCCCAGAAGUCACAGCAAGGGAAGGACAUGGAGAGGGGAGCCUGGCUCCCUUGCCUUCCCUUCCCAGGCAGACUAGCCCUUUUGGACCUGGGUCCAACCCCAGAGCCAGAGGAUGACUUCCAGAGCCAACCCAGACCCGUGCUUUGGCUGGACGGAGGCCGGGCGAGGACAGGGCUGGGGGCCUUGUGUACUCCGGGACUCAGCAUCACCUCCAGUUCACCUUUCUCGCUGGAAAAAGUCCAUUCCACAUCAGUUAAGCUUUACGGUUGACAGCGCUCCCAGGCUCUGUACAAGCACUGAGAUCAGUAUCUUUCACCGUGUUAUACCCCACACCUCCAUCUGUAAGUCCCAGCCGGGCUCAGUCACUCACAAGGGCCACAGCGCAGAAGACGACACAGCCCAAGAGCCAGCUGGGGAAUAAGGACGUGUUCUGGAGGUUUACUUUCAGUGAGAAAAAAAACACCCUCAGAUUUCCUUCCAGCCUGCCUCUGAUGCUGCUGCCCUUGGUAAUGAGGGAGGGAAAGAGAAAAUUCCAGUUCAGUGAGAAAACCUUUAUAACCCUCUUCCUAGCUAGAGAGGGUGUAGCCAUCAUUCCCAAACCCUUUCCAACUGGAAAGAAGAGAAGCACAUCUAAUCCCGCCACUGUACUUAUUUUUAGGAGAUGCCAACAGGAGGCUGGGAAUCUUGGGGAAGGCCAUUAGGGCCCCCCAUCAAAGAAAUACGAUGGCUGGCCAAUCGCUUUCCUGAAGAGAAACAAUAAUUAGACAGAAAAGACAAUGCAAGGAAGCUAAGGGUCAGAAGUGAUCUGUCAUCAUCAGGCUUCUAGAAUAUGAGCGCCACAUGGCUCCACCAGGGACCGUGUCAGUCAGCGUCCCAGCUCCCCCAAUUUGGCACAGAGGGGAGAUGGGCAGCGACCUGUGAAAGGUCAUGUGUGACCAGGCCAGCGCCCUUCGCUCUCUGGGUUCCCAGCAUUACUCACCUGACAUCUUUUUGGGGACCUUAAACGUCUACAUCUUAGGUGUUUUAUAAACACUUGCUCUUAAAUCCUAAUACCAAUGGAAGUAAACAGCCUCGAUUUCACAGAUGAGUAAAAGGAAACUCGGAAUUUCACUCACUUGCCAUAGGUCACACAGCUGUGGCACUUGACAGUUUCAGCUGGUCUCCGUUGCCCGUCACUGCCAACCUGAUAGGCGUAGACGUCUUCCAUUUAGCACAGUGCUCGCUUUCCAUUCCUCAUGGGAACCCACAUCACUGGCUAAGUUCAGACUAUCUAGGGAGUGACCCUGGGAAGACUCAUUUGCUUUCUGCCUACAAGUGCUGGGGACCCAAAGGCCACUGAGCCUGGUGAGCUGGAGGUCAGCAUCCACGUCUGGAGUCUGGGAGUCCUUAGUAUCUGGAUUUCCCAGAACACAUGAACUGCUCUCCAAUGUCAUGGUGGAAGAGGGGAUAAAUCUUGCCCCAGAAUAAAGCCACUGGUUUUGUUUGUUCCAAUAUUG